AUGGAAUUAAAGACAGAAAUAGAUACGCAACCAAAUUUACGCUACAGUGUGGAUUUGUGUGAAGAAGAAAUGAAUUAUCUUAAGGCCAGGAAGUUGAAAACUAUGACAGGAAUGGGCUGUUUACUUGGCGGAAGGGGGCCGAAAACCAUUGAAGAGCCGUGCUGGAGUCAGGGUGGGGGUUUCUGGGUUACGGUGGCCUAUAGCGGUGUCUCUACAGCUCUGCAAGAAACAGAUGUGCUGGACUGUGUCACUUACACAUGUGGACUGUCAAUGUCAUGUUGGUUAUUAUCGACAUUGUACUCGCAUCCGAAGUGGCCAAAGUUGUCUCUGAAAGAAUUUCAGGUAGAGCUAAAACAGAACAUUGACGCGAACUUGAUGGGAAUGCAGCAAGUGAGUCGGUACAUCAGCGCCAUGAUGGAAAAAUGGCACAACGGCCAGCCAAUCAGCUUCACGGAUUUCUUUGGAAACACUAAUUAAAAAGAUAGAAAAGCUUGUACACUGACAGAUCAACAGAUAAAAAUUGUGGAUGGUAACAUCCCAAUGCCUCUGUAUACGUGUGUACACGUGAAGAAGAAUGUUUCUGCCAGAGCUUUUCAAGAAUGGAUUGAGUUCAGUCCUUUUGAGAUAGGAAUGGCGAAGUUGAAGAGCGAGUAUUUCUGUAGUAAGUUCUUCAUGGGCAAGUUGGCGAAGAAGUACGACGAACCCCCACUUCACUUUUUACAAGGUAUUUGGGGCAGCGCUUUCUGCAUCAUGUUUAAUCGACUAUUUGAUGACAAUCGAAACAUGGACCCCGUGGAGAUGGUCAGACGGGAAAUGAACGAUUCAGACGAAGGAAUCAGAGUGUGUUCCACCCACGUGAAGAAACAAUUUGUCGUGGACGCAGGGUUAACUUUCAACUCCCCGUACCCUUUCGUGCUGAGGCAAGCCCGGGGGAUAGACCUCAUCCUGUCGUUUGACUUCAGUGGUAGACUUGGUGAUGACAGCGAGCCGUUCAAGGAAAUAAGACUGGCUGAAAAGUGGGCUAAACAGAACGGCCUUCGUUUCCAACCCAUCGACGCGAGUGUAUUUGAGAAAGAAGGGAUGAAUGAGUUGUACAUCUUCCGUGAUCCCAACGACCCUAAAUGUCCCAUAAUCUUUCAUUUUGUCCUCGUUCUCUAAUUUCGGAAGUAUAAGAAGCCAGGUGAGUUGCAAGUAUUUCAAGAAUACUUGCGAUAAGAAUUCGCGGUGUUCGCCAUCUUUGACGAUCCUGAGGCUCCUUAUUCCACGUUUAACUUCACCUACACUCACAAGGCGAUUGAUCGGUCAUCUCAGCUGAUGGAAUUCAGUACGCUCAACCGCCUGAAGGAGAUCAAAGAGGCGGUCCAGAGGAAAAGAAAAUAA